CGGAAAGUGAUGCGUGCAGGUUACGUCAUGACGCACUUCCCCCUGGACUUCCUGCUCCGGGUCGUCGUCAACGUGGUUCCUGAUGUUUUGAAACGUGCAGCGUUAAAUCUAAGAUCCAAAUGGGGGAAUUUAAGGUGCACCGGGUCCGCUUCUUUGACUACAUGCCCAGCGCCAUCCGGUCCAUGGCCUUCAACAGCCACACGGAGCGGCUGGCCGUGGCCCGAGCAGAUGGCGCCGUGGAGAUCUUUAACUUUGCCGACAACUACUUCCAGGAGAAGGUCAUCGCCGGGCGGGACGGGCGGUCCAUCGAGGCGCUUUGCUGGGUCGGCUGUCGUUUGUUCAGCGCCGGUUUGGACGGGGAGAUCACAGAGUAUGACCUGGAGAACCUGAGGCCCCGCUACAGCAUCGAGGCCUACGGAGGACCAAUCUGGACAAUCAGCGGCAACAGCGAGGGGACUCUGCUGGCGGCUGGCUGUGAAGACGGGACUGUGAAGAUGUUUGAGGUCCUGGAGGACAGGAUUCAGUUUCAGAGGAACCUGAGCAGACAGAAAGGUCGGAUCAUAUCGCUGUCCUGGCAUCCGUCUGGUGCUCAGAUAGCAGCAGGAAUGAUGGACAUGAUCCGGAUCUUUGACUCGGAAACAGGCCACGCCACUCACAGGCUGCUGGUGGACCGAGGCGUUGGAGCCUCAAAGAGCCGGGAGGUGGUGGUCUGGAGCGUCGCCUUUCUGAACGACCACACCAUCAUCAGCGGCGAUUCUGCAGGAAAGGUCCAGAUCUGGGACGGGUUGACUGGAACUCUGAUCAGAACCCAUCUGGUCACCAAGUGGGAUGUCCUGGUUCUGGCCGUUUCACAGGAUGAGAGCAGUGUGAUCGCUGGGACGUCUGAAGGAACCAUUGUCCAGUUCCAGUUCAUCUCCUCCACUGUGGGACAGCAGGACAAGCUGUGGGUCCAGACCAGAACCUUUAAGAACCACUCGCACGAUGUUAGGGCGCUGGUUCACACCGACUCGGCCGUGAUUUCUGGAGGUAUGGACACCCAGUUGGUGGUGAGACCCCUGCUGGACAAAGUGGAGAAGAACACCCAGGAGUCUGCGCUUCGUAAAAUUGCUUUCCCACACAGAAACCUUGUUAGUUGUGCAAAGAAAGCUGGACUUCUGCUCUUCCAGUUCCCGGAUCAUUUGGAGCUGUGGAGGCUUGGAGAGAGCGACAGAAAUGGAACACCUGGAGAGAGUCUACCUGUGAAGAGGAAACCAGAGAAACUGAUCCAGCUGAAGACAAAGGGCGAGGACCAUAUCUGCUGCAGCGCGUUGUCUCCGUGUGGAAGCUGGUUAUCUUACGCCACCGUCGCCGCCGUUCGUCUCUACAGGCUGCAGAUCAGCAGCAACGACAUCAGCAUCCAGAAGGUGUCCAAGCUGCCCAGGGAGCUGAAGUCGGUCCAUCAGCUCUGCUUCUCCUCAGACUCCUGCAGGCUGUUCGCCUCUUCCAGCCUCUCCUCCGUCGUCGUCGUCGCUCUCGACCAGACGGACUGUAAAUACCUUCACACCCUCAAACACAAGUCUGGCUCCAGACAGCCUAUCCACAUCCUGUCUCCCAGUGAAGACGGUCAGUGGCUCGCGACGGCGAACACAGACUGCGAGAUCCACGUCUUCAACCUUCGAAAGAUGAAGCUGCACUGCUCGGUCCCGGCCUACAGCUCCUGCCCCACCGCCGUCUCCAUCCACCCAACCACCGGCAACCUCGUCUCCGUUCACGCCGACCAGCAGAUCUUUGAGUUCUCCCUGAAGCAGAAGGAGUACAGCGAGUGGAGCCGUCAGCUGCAGAGGCAAGGCCUGCACCCGCUGUGGCUGCAGCGCGACACGCCGGUCACCAGCAUCGCCUUCAACCCCAACAACCCGGCGCACAUCAUGCUGCACGACAUGUUCAUGUUCUGCAUCAUCGACCAGAGUCUGCCUCUUCCUGAAGCGAAGACGAAGUUCUAUAAUCAAAUGAUCCUCCGGAGUCUUCCUGAGCCACAAAGGCUCAGAGAAAGCCACGCCUUCAAGACCUGCAAGAACUUCCAGCACCUGCUGUCUGUGAACCUGCUGGAGGAUCUGUCUCUGGUUGUGGUGGAGCGCCCCCUGGUGGACAUCGUGGCUCAGCUCCCCGCUCCUGUCCGGCAGAAAAAGUUUGCCACCUAAACAGCGAUCAAGUCAUCAUGAUCACAGUAAUCUCUCCAGUUUGUUGGAGAUGUUUUGAUAAAGUGAAAACUGAGAACCGACCGUCUGUGUGUGCAUUAAUGUAUCUGAGUACGGUGGCUUAGAAGGGUCAAAACAUGCAAAAACCUCCAUUCUAAAACUAAAGAAUGGAGUGGAUAACUUAUAAAAAUGUCAAUAAUUGCUGUAGAUUUAAUUUCUUUUGAUACAUAACUGGUUGUUGUCACUUAAGGUCAACUGUUAAUUUAAUUCUGUUUUUUAAUUCAUUUUUAAAAGAAGGGAGAAAGAGUUAGAAGAAGUAGAUAAAAAAUAUUUUUAAUAUGCAAAAACCACAACAGUAUUUUACUUUUGAGAUUUUUCUUUGGACAAAAAGUAUUUCAGUUUCUGGUUUUUGCUCUUCUAAAAAUAAGCAAUGUUGAAUUUUUGUCCAAUUUUUGCAUUGUUUUCCUAAGACAUUUAAUUUAUUCUUAAAAUCCUAAUAAAACCCACACAUGACUCAGUCAGCUGAAACAUAUUCACAGACAUUUUAUUUUUGAUUGAAAUUAUUUCACAUCAUAGUUAUUUUUCCUGUCAAAGAGCCUUUGUAUUUUUAUUACAACAGCCACAGAGCAGCAGCAGCGGCAAUAAUAAUAAUUGAUAAUAGUAAUAAUAAUAACCCAGCAGGAAAAGCAGAUCAAUGCAACUGAAAAAGAGAGAAACGUGAUGGGCGCCACUUUUCCAGCUGCAAACA